AUCACAGUUCGGUGUUGAGCUUUCACGAGGCAAGAGGACAACGUCAAACUGCUCAUCAACAGUUUGAUUUUGUGUCCUUUCUCUCUACUUCCUUGUUUUUUUGGUGGAACGGCCGCGGACAUUCAGUGACACACCGUCGACGGGUCACGCCACCCCACCCACAGAGGAUCGGAAAAAGCAAUUUUUCCGCUUUUCGUUCAUUUGGAUUUGAGUGUGCAAAAAGAUGCCGAAAGUUAGUUGGUUUACGUCUCUGGGAAUCGUCCUGUUGGCGUCGCCGACGUUUGGGAUCGAUUUAAGCAGACUCUAUGGCCACCUGGAGCCACCGAUGCAGAAACGUGGAGAGUCCUGCCAUCCCUACGAGCCAUUCAAGUGCCCUGGAAGUGACCAGUGCAUCUCCAUCCAGUAUCUUUGUGAUGGUGCGCCCGACUGUGCAGAUGGUUACGAUGAAGAUAUGAGGCUAUGUACGGCAGCAAAGAGACCACCUGUGGAGGAAACGGCAUCCUUCCUGCAGAGUCUCCUGGCAAGCCAUGGACCCAACUACCUGGAGAAGCUCUUUGGUAGCAAAGCUCGAGACGCCCUGGAGCCACUGGGGGGUGUUGAGAAGGUUGCCAUUGCACUAUCAGAGUCACAGACCAUCGAAGACUUUGGGGCUGCACUCCAUCUCAUGAGGUCGGAUUUGGAGCACUUGCGAUCGGUUUUUAUGGCAGUUGAGAAUGGAGAUUUGGGUAUGCUGAAAUCACUGGGGAUCAAAGACUCCGAAUUGGGGGAUGUGAAGUUUUUCCUGGAGAAAUUGGUCAACACUGGCUUCCUCGACUGAGUAGCGCCAGAUCCAGCUUCCCCAUACUACUAUGCUGUUCCUAUCAAUCCUCAGUUCUACUCCUAUCUCGGUUCAUCCUUCGAGGGAUAUGUUUAUUAAUUCUCAACCCCAUUUUUUUUUCGUUCUACUUAAUCUAUCUCUCCCCAUUUCUUCUGCAUCAUUAAUCACCUGGAUUUUUUUGUUGUUGACUGAGAGAGUAAGGAGUAUGCAAAAAAAAACGAUAAAAUCGCUUCGAGAUUCAUCCUCUUCAUUUGCCAAAUGGCCAUAUUGAGAGAGAGCAGAGAGAAAUCAUGAAAGAGAAUGAAGGGAUGAAGCUCGAGGCACCCAAAAAAAAAUCAUCCCCUUUCAAUUAAUUUUGCGUUUGGGUUGUUUGGCGUGUGAAGGUAAAAAAAAAUGAGAAGAUAGAGGAGUGAUGAUAAUUUCUGGGAGAUGGAUUUGAGUGGUGUCAUAAAUUGUGUGCGUGGUGCUUUUGGUCGUACUGAGAGAAAGCAAAAAAAAGGACAUAAAGAGGCAGCUGAAGGAUCCUCUUUUCUGGUUAACGAGGACACAAAAAGAAUUAUAAAAAAAAUGAAUUAAAAAAAAAGAAACAAAACGAUUGCUUAGCCAUAGAAAACUUCAAAAAGCUCAUCCCGCGGUGGUACCCAAAGGAAACUUUAAAUUACCUCCAAGGACUUCUGCUCCUUCCUGGACUGACACACAGGAACGAUGCAAAUCACCCAAAUUGUGGCCAAUUUAACUUCCCUUUGCCGUACCACUGCUAAGGAUAUGCAUGAAACCCGAAGAAUUCAAUUAACAAAACAUAUAAAAAGAAAAAAAACAUAAAAUAAGUAUAAAUGAAAAUUUAGAAAAUUUAUCAAAAGUAGAUUAGAAAUGGAAAAUGAGCAAACGCAAAUUUGAUUUUUAAAAAUUCUAUGCACCCAAUAACAAAAUCCUUUGUUGUCUUUUCUAAAACCAAAAAAAAUGAAUUUCUAUCUAAAGAAAAAAUUUCAAUUUAAAUCUCUAUAAUGAAAAAAAACCUUUUCUUUAACGGAAGCAGGAUCGCAACACAAAGAAAAAAAUUGACGUGAAUUCUUAAAGUAUUUUCGGAGAAAACUCCCCGAUAAAAUUCCUUUGAAAAUCUCUAAAGAAAAAUAUGAAAAAAAUUAUUAUAAGAAUUGUAUCUCUUUAAUAUAUGUGUUUUUUAUUAUUAUACAAACUUUCUUCUAUAAGCGUCCUGAUAAUGAGAAUAAAUUAACAAAAAAAAAAGAAAAAUUAAGGAUUUCAUCACACCAAAAGAUUUCUGUGCGAAAAACCAUGAAAAAAAAUCGAGAGAAAGAACAUCUCGAAGUCCAUUUUAAGCUUAUAAAUAAAAGGAAAAAAAAUGAAGAUUAAGAAACUCUACUUGUCUUGUGAUAUGUGUCUCUUAUUCUUAUGUCUCUGACUCAAAGACAUUCGUCUCUGUAACUGUAAGAAUGUAAAUGUAUGAACUGUAAAUGUAAGAAUUGCAUAAAAGAGGUUUUUAAGGAGAAUCUUAGAGAGACAGACACCUUUUUUCUUUCUUAGAAAAUUAACCUCUCCCAUAUCCGUCUGAAGAAGUACAUUAAAAUUCUUCAGUCUGUAUAGAGAAAAUUAAGGAUCCUACCUUAUCCUCAAAAUUUGAACAAAAACUGUCUCUAAACUAGAAAGGCUUUAAACCGAAAGAACUUCAAAUGCUUUCGGGAAGUUUAAGGAAUCAUUUUAAAUGAUUGUUUUGAGCCUGUUGGAUUUUUGAGGCUUGAGUUUUAACCUUUUUUUUCUUUUUUUGUUUAAUUUUUAAAUUUUAGGAUUUGCAAAAACUCAAAGUAUUGACUGAGAUUGAAGAGAUUUUUCGUUAUGCUGAUCCUUUUUUACUGUUUUAAACCCUUUUUAUUUAAGAAGUAAUUACGGAUCAAUCUAAAGAUCAGCUCAAAAAAUUGUUUUUUUUUACAGAAAAGUAUUUUUUUUAAAUUUAUUUUCUAAAGAGUUUUAAUAAUUUUUAAAAUUAUUAUUGCAAAUUCAGGCUUUAAGUUUGACAAAAUUUUUAAAUUUAAAGGCAUAUUCAACAGCUUUCUAUAGCGAAAAAAAGGACAGAAAAACUUCCCGAAAGCCCCUACAAAACCCAACCUAAAAAUCUAAAUCUACAAAAACAAAAGAAAUUGACAAAAAAUCUAUUUUGUGGUUAUUUUGCUGUCAAUCUUCGUAUUUACCAUGAGAGAAAAAAUAAAUAAGCUAAAGUCAUAUUUAAAAAAAAAAGAAUUAUACUAAAUAAAAUCACAAAAGAGUUGUGUACCUUAAAAUACAAAAAAAAAAAAUAACAAAAGAAAUUAAAGAUUACAAAUCUUGUAGCUUAAGAAAUUUAUUUUUCUUCUGCUUUUUCAUUUCUCGUUAAUUUAUGUUUUUUUUAUUUUAUUUUAUGGAAUCUAAAAAAAACAAUGUUAAAUUAGGAUCUAGGAGUUAAGUUAAAAAAAAAAGAUGAAUAAAAAAAAGCUUAAGAAGCUGAGAUAUAAAAAAUAUGUGAGAAAAAACACGACAGACUUCUGAUUGAGGUGAAAAAUGUAAGUUUUAAAAACAUUUUAUGAAAUGAGAUAAAAUAUAAAAAUGUUGCGAUAUGAAUUUAAACAAUUCACCAAAAAAAUGUGAGAGAAAAAAGUUUUAGAAUUUAAAUAUAUUAUAUUAAAAGAAAAAAAAAGAUUUAAUGAAAUUAGAUUUAGAAAAUAUAUAAAAAUCAACAAGUGUUUAAAAACAAAAUGAUAAGAUAUAUAUACACACUAUAUUGCUAGUGAUGGUCAAUUUUGAUUAAUAUUUAUUGUACAUUUUAGGAAGGGAGGAAGAAAUAAAAGAUUUAGAUGGUGGAGUUAUUUAAAGAAAAAAAUAAAUUAAAAAUUAAAGAAAACCCAGCCCUAUAUUAAAAAAGAAAAAAAAUAUUAAGAAAAAAAUGUAAAUGUAAUAAAAAACAUGGAGAUACAAAGCAGUUUACUGAAAAAAUGAGAUAAAAAUCUACUUAUGUCAUAAGAACAUACAUAAUAUAUUUAUCUAAUGAAAAUUUACCUAUUUGUGUAUCGUAGAAUAUAAUCAAAGAAAUGAUACAUAUCUUAAUAUUGCAUAUCCUUAUUAAAAAAAACCAAAAAAAAAAUGAAGAAAUGAUAUUUAAAAAAAAACCUUUUAUGGAACACAAAAAUGCAUAUCAAAAUGAAAAAAAAACUAAUUAAAUGAGAAAAAAUCCUUAAAAUCUAUGAAUUUUAAAAAACAUAUAUAAUGUGAGAUAUAUACCAUAUACUGUCUAAAGAUUUAAUGAAAAAAAUGUUAUAUAAAAGCUGACAUAUCAAUUUUAUCAGGAACUACAAUUGUGAGAAAAAUUUUAACAAGAAAACUAACGAGGAGGACGAGUAUUGAGAAAACAUAUCAUGCAGUACGGAAAAAAUAUAUAUGUGUACGUACUUAAAAUCGGAAGCACUUUUCCCCCACUCUUCCCGUCCCUUCCUCUUUCACCUCCUCCUGCUCCCCUAAAACAAUCCCCGUUUUUUAGAUCUAGAAAAAGCAUCGCUAGUAUUUAAGGUGAAGCGAGAUUUCAGGAGAAGAACAUAAAGAAAAUCUGAAAAGGAUUUUUUAAAUUAUAAAACAGAGAAAGGCUUUGUGCGGACUUUCAAGGGGUGACCCAUCCUGACCUACCCUCAAGCCACCAUCAGCUGUACAUUGUGCAGGUCACCCCUUGAUGUUCUGCACACUCAUCCCAUUCAAAGGAAGCGCGACAACCCACGGCUAAAACAAAGUGCGACUAACUCUAAAAAAAAAGCGAAAGAUUGUAUUAAAAAAGUUUCAAAAAAAAUCACAACGAUGGCACGGAAUGGCGUUAAAGUUUGCAAGUAUUUUUCCUCCCAAUAUUCCCCAGUUCACACCGCAAUUUACGUUGCAUUUUUCUCAUUUAAUUCCCACCUCGCCCCAUUCCUCCCCCACCCCAUUUAAUCCCCAUUAGCGUAUCCGCCCUGAAAAAAAGAGAAUUCUUCGCAGAGAAAGAAAAAAUCCCAAGUCCAUGAGAAAAAAAAUUCGAACGACCUUAUUUUGAGUACAGGUUUUUUUUUUUCAUUUUAUUGUUAUCAAUUAUCACUAAAAUAUUGAUGUAUAGAUUAUAUCAUAUUUUAUUGUUUAAUAAACAGCAAUGAACCAGAAUAAAAACUAA